AUGGAGAAACCCAAUCAUACUUCAGUGACCCAGGUGACUGAGUUUAUUCUCUUGGGACUCAUCAACAAUCCAGACCUGCAGGCGCCACUCUUUGGAAUAUUUUUAAUCAUUUACUUGGUAACAGUGAUGGGUAAUCUGGGCAUGGUGAUUCUGACUCUUUUGGACUCUAAACUACAUACACCCAUGUACUUUUUCCUGAGACAUUUGUCAAUCACUGAUCUUGGUUACUCCACAGUUAUUGGCCCCAAAAUGAUGGUAAACUUCAUUGUGCAACAGAAUACCAUUUCCUACACAGGGUGUGCUUUGCAGUUGACAUUCUUUGAGAUUUUUAUCAUCACUGAACUGUUAAUCCUCUCAGCAAUGGCCUAUGAUCGCUACGUAGCCAUCUGCAGGCCUCUUCUCUACAUGAUCAUCAUGGUGGGUAAAGUGCGUUGGGGGCUGGUACUGGUUCCCUACCUGUACAGCACAUUUGUGUCUCUCUUUCUCACAAUUAAGUUAUUUACAUCGUCCUUCUGUGGCUCCAAUGUCAUCAGCUAUUUUUACUGUGAUUCUGUUCCGCUGAUAUCUCUGCUCUGUUCUGACACACAUGAAUUAGAGCUGAUCAUUUUGAUUUUCUCAGGCUGUAAUUUGAUCUCCUCCCUCUUAAUUGUUCUUGUAUCUUACAUGUUUAUUCUUGUGGCAAUUCUCAGAAUGAAUUCAAAGGGGGGGAGGUCCAAAGCCUUCUCCACGUGCAGCUCCCAUCUGACAGUAGUGGUCGUGUUCUAUGGAACAUUGUUGUUUAUUUACCUGCAACCCAAAUCCAGACAUGCUUUUGAUAUUGAUAAAGUAACCUCUGUGUUUUACACCCUAGUAAUUCCUAUGCUCAAUCCAUUGAUCUACAGCCUGAGAAACAAAGAAGUCAAAGAUGCUGUUAAGAGGGCUUUAACUCAUGGCUUUAAAAUCUCUACUUAA